AAAAUUGCAAAUAGAGAAGAAUAUUUAAAAAGAUACUCUCUCAAGCCUUAUCCAAAAAAUACGCCACUUUCUCCCACUAAUCUGCUGAAAAAAAACUAGUCUUCUCCGUGAAUCUCUCCACCACUGAUCCUUUACAACUGAUUCUAGGUUUCCUAUUCUUCUUUCAAUGGAUACUUGUCUCUCAAAUCAAGCGGCGCUCUCGUUUCUCCCCUCGCGUCUGAGGAGACAGAGCGGCGACGGAGGCGGAGGAGUAUUUUCCCUCCCUUCGAUGAGGAAGGUACAGUAUAGAUCGAUGGUUGUGGUAGCGACUGCGGGGCAGAGCCGGUGCGAGCCUGGAAGCAGCCUUAACGCGCCGCUUGAGCUGCGAUCGGCGCAGGGGAGGUUUCUGAGAAGCGUGCUGCUUAACAAGCGGCAGUUGUUUCACUACGCCGCCGCUGAUGAGCUCAAGCAGCUGGCUGAUGAACGCGAAGCAGCUUUAGCUCGUAUGGCUCUAAGCUCUGGCUCCGACGAAGCUUCUCUCCACAGAAGGAUAGCUCAUCUCAAGGAACGUUACUGCAAAACAGCAGUCCAAGACAUAAUGUACAUGCUAAUAUUCUACAAAUACUCCGAGAUACGCGUCCCUCUCGCUCCUAAGCUCUCUAGAUGCAUCUACAACGGAAGACUCGAGAUCUGGCCUACAAAAGACUGGGAGCUAGAAUCAAUCCACACCUGCGACGCCCUCGAGCUCAUCAAAGAACACGUCAGCGCAGUCAUCGGGCUACGCGUCAACGCAUGCGUGACUGACAACUGGGCAACGACGCAGAUACAGAAGCUCCAUCUCAGAAACGUAUACGACGCCUCCAUCUUGUACGGUUACUUCUUGAAAUCCGCUUCCCUCAGGCACCAGCUCGAGUGUUCCUUGUCGGAUCUCCACGGAAGUGGGUACCUGAAAGGUCCCGUCUUUGGCUCCUCGUUCACGACGGGGACUUCGCAGAUCUCCUCCGCCAAGGAGCAGCUGAGGCAGUACAUCACGGGGUUUGACGCCGAGACGCUGCGGAGGUGCGCGAGGCCGAGGACGGAGGAAGCUAGGAAUCUGAUAGAGAAGCAGAGUUUGGCUCUUUUCGGCGCGGAGGAGAGCGAUGAGACGAUUGUGACGUCGUACUCGAGUCUGAAGCGGUUGGUUUUGGAGGCUGUGGCGUUUGGUACGUUUCUUUGGGACACGGAGUUGUAUGUAGAGGGAACGUAUAAGCUUAAGGAGAAUGGUAAUGCAGAAGAGCAAGAGAACAGAAGCAUAUGAAUGCCAAAGCUUCAUGAUCCUCUGGUGUAGUGUGUAUAUAAGAAGUUUCUGCUAAAUUCCCAGGCAAUUAUUUCUUGUAUAGCUUUUUGCUUAGUUUGAAGUUGUUUCCACGGCUGAAUAAGAAUAUGGUCCUUAUAAAGAAAAGAAAUAAGGAAUGUUAAACUUUAUCGGUUUA